UGUGAGCCGCAGUGGGAGGGGCCUGGAUGCCCCGUUUAAAGUGUGUCUGAACCUUGUCUUGAUGUCUAGUCUCUCUGUUGGGGUGCACACGGAUUGACCACUCCUUUGGGCUUUUCUUUCUGCAGCGGAUAAUUGGAGGGAAAGCUAAUCAAACAUGACUGACGCUCAACAAGAGGCCCGCUCCUACCUGAGCGAGGAAAUGCUGUCUGAGUUCAAAGCUGCCUUUGAUCUGUUCGACACCGAUGGCGGCGGUGACAUCAGCACCAAGGAGUUGGGUACCGUGAUGAGGAUGCUGGGCCAGAACCCCACAAGAGAGGAGCUGGAUGAAAUCAUCGAGGAGGUUGAUGAGGAUGGCAGCGGAACCAUCGACUUCGAGGAGUUCUUGGUCAUGAUGGUGAGGCUGCUCAAGGAGGACCAGGCCGGCAAGAGCGAGGAGGAGUUGGCGGAGUGCUUCCGUGUCUUCGACAAGAACGGGGACGGCUACGUGGACAGGGAGGAGUUCGCUCAGAUCAUCCGCAGCAGCGGCGAGAGCAUCACAGAGGAGGAGAUCGAUGAGCUUCUGAAGGACGGAGACAAGAACGCAGACGGCAUGCUGGACUUUGACGAAUUCCUCAAGAUGAUGGAGAAUGUGCAGUAAGGACUGACGGACUCAUGGACAUUCCUCCACCUCCCUCUGGUUCCCUAAAGAAGCACCCACCCACACACCGUCCCGCCCCCCCUCCACCCUGGCGGGGGGGUAGCUGGGCUUUAUUAGUCCCUGACUUGUGAUAAAUGCAGACAGUUUGUCAUUUUUACUGUGCUGAUGCCACCCUGUGAGUGGGGAGCAAGCACCCCCCCCUCGCCCACUGGUAAAGCUGUGAUCUAGAUCUAGUCUAGACAGAUUGGCAGCCUGUUACCUGCUGCAUAGACCAAUAAAUCCAAAGACUUUACUGUACAAAGAAGUAAGUUGCUUGAACAGAAUAAAUGAACUAACACCGCC